AUGGGUUUUCCCAACAUCUCCCAGCAUAAACCUUAUCAGUUACUGUCAUGUCACUUCUACCCAUGCAAUGUGGUGGCUAUUGUUAAGUUGGAAAUUGGGGUUAUCUUCCUUAUUCAGAUGGGAGUGGGAGUCCUUGGAAAUAUCUCCCUCCUUUGUCUUUAUAACUUCACUUUGCUCACUGGACACAAUGUAAAACCCACAGACAUGGUCCUCCACCAACUGGUAUUAGCCAAUUCCAUGGUACUUUUCUCCAGAGGGAUCCCUCAGACAGUGGCAGCUUUUGGACUGAACUACUUCCUGGAUGAAGCUGGAUGUAAACUUCUCUUCUAUUUUCACAGAGUAGCCAGAGGGGUUUCCCUCAGCACCACCUGCUUCCUCAGUGGUUUCCAGGCCAUAAAACUUUACCCCAAUUUCUCCAAGUGGCUGGAGCUCAGAAUGAAAUCCCCAAGGUGCAUUGCCUUCAGUUGUUUUCUCUUCUGGAUCCUGCAACUGUUGAUAAAUAUAUUUGUUCCUAUCAAAGUGAUUGGUGCAAUGAACAGCAAAAAUUUAAGUGUGAAAAUAAAUCAUGGAUACUGUUCCUCACUUAAUCCAGAUAGCUUUAAAAAGUUUCUAGUUGCAUUCUUAUUCUUCACAGUUGACUUCGUGUGUUUGGUCCUCAUGGCCUGGGCCAGUAGAUUUAUGGUCCUUUUCCUGCACAGACACAGACAGCGAGUGCCACACAUUUACAUCCACGGGCGGACUUUCAGACAUUCCCCUGAGGGUCAAGCUACAUGCACCAUUUUGAUCCUUGUGAGCUCCUUUUGCAUCUUUUACUCAUUCUCUUCUGUCUUGCAUGUUUGGAUGACUCUUGCUGUAAUCCCAGGUCAGUGGCUGGUGAAUACCUCUAUGAUUUUGUCUUCAUGUUUCCCAGCAUUCAGUCCCUUGGUGCUCAUUCACAGCGACACUCGUUUCUGUGGUUUCAUGGACUGCUAA